AUGUCGAGCAUCACCACUAUUGAGAGCACAGCACCGAGUGUAUCGGUGGACCAUGAAAAAGGCCCCGAAGGAGUGGUCAAGGAGGUGAAGGAAACCAAGCAUGACGACGAACCAGACGCUUCCGUUUCCGGCAUCAAGUACACCUAUGAAUGUUUCAAUCUAGACGGUAGAGAUUUCACAGAAACUUACAAUACUCCUUUGAACCUACAAGUCGAAAAAGAGGUUGAACCAGCUCAGCCAGUUGAAGAGCCAUCAUACAUCUUUGAAAUACUGACAAAGGUCAAUGUGCGCCUUCCUCGUAAUCUCCCAGAGGACCAGCAAGACAUUAAAUAUUCGUUGGAAUUCAUGAAAGUCGUUGAACUCGAAUCCCCAAAGAUGAUUGUUUACUCCGCGCUGUUGUUACAGGCCAUCAGAGAGGUUGUCAAAUACUAUCCAAGUCAGAACCUUAUAGGCGACAAUAUUACAAUCCGCGAACCAUACAGUGUGCUGAUUCAUCAUCUGACUGAGCUCACGAAUCUCAAAACUCAGCUAGGGAGUCGCAUCACAGGUGAUUCGGACAACGACUCAUCUGAGAAAUGCCGCCAGAUACAGGUCCUACUCGAUUUCUUGAGUCCACGUGUCCAGCGAACGAUAAUCCCAGCGGAAAAGCGACUCCGCAAAGACCCCCCAACGGUUCUAUUCAGCGAUAUCUGGUUUUUGCUCAAGCCUGGAACGAUUUCCUACUUCAUUCGUGACAAUAUUUGGAUGGGAGGCAUCAUCACAUGUGUGGAGUAUAAAGAAGAGGUUUUGGACAAGAAAGAGCGCUGGGAUGUGAAGGUACUAUUCCAGGACACUGACUUCAGGAAGAAAGCCCAUACCGGGCCUGCCCCCCUUACUAUUGAGAUAGAGGGUUUUGAUGGUGAGAAGCUUGUGACUGCUCUGCCUGUGUUCCCACGACACUACCACGAUACAAAGGACAACGGUGAGCGGAGAGCUUCCCUCGAACGUAGAGGGGCCUUGGCCGCUGAGAUUCUAUGGGCGAGCUAUAAGUAUGUGAAGUAUGACGGCAAGCUCUUUAAUACGAGCAAGAAAGAGUACAAAGGACCACUCAUAGCGGGUAUUUGCGAUGUCAAUGAUGAAAACAUUUACGGGGAUACGUGGACAUUUGAUUGGGAUCCGGGCCAUGAAAUGACCGAAAACACAAGCAGCCAUGGCGAGCUAGCCCAUCCAAUCAAUAUUAACAUCGAGGCUUCUUCAAAAGAAACCCUAACCGUCGAUCAUCGAUUCAUGAUGAGCCCGAUGAUGCCGGGAUUUGCAUUAUCGACGAAGACAUGGGAAUUGAUAAACGUAGAGUCGAUAUUCGAGCUCGACGAGACGGGAGACAUUCCAGAUGCGAACAUUAACCCAGAAAGCCUUCGCAUUAUAAAGGCAUUGUCGGAUCGCCAAAUCAAUUCCAAGGUGCCCUGGUCUGCAGACUUUAUCAAAAGUAAAGGAGAAGGUGUAGUGGUGUUGCUUCAUGGCCCUCCUGGUGUAGGCAAAACGUAUACAGUCGAAACCAUUGCAAUGAAGACGGGUCGUCCCUUGAUUAGUCUUACGAUCGCGGACCUCGGAAUGAAAGAGGACUCCAUUGAAGCUGAACUCACAAGGUGGUUCUCCCUUGCUCAAAAAUGGCGAGCCGUCUUGCUCCUCGACGAGGCAGAUAUAUUCCUCGAACGUCGUGAGCAUAGAGAUAUCGCUCGCAACGGAAUUGUUUCAGCAUUUCUGCGCAAGAUGGAAUAUUUCGGCGGACUACUGUUCCUAACCACCAACCGAGUGGGACACAUCGACGAAGCAUUCAUCUCUCGAGUCCAUGUUAUCAUCGGCUUCGAUAAGCUAGAUCCAGCAAAGAGAAGGAACAUCUGGCAAAGCUUCUUGAACAAGCUACAUAGAGAGCAAAGGGGCAAGAUUCGCGUUACACCUCAAGGCGUCAAGUUCAUUCUAAGUGAAGAGAUGUGCGCAAUGGAAUGGAACGGACGUGAGAUUCGCAAUGCUCUGCAGACUGCUAUUGCUCUCGCUGAAUAUGAUGUUCGCGAAAGUGAAUAUAGCACCGAAGGCGACGAGAUUCUCGUCGAGGCAAAUCAUUUCAAGCAGGUAAUGGAUAUGAGUCGAGAAUUCCGCACUUAUAUGAACAGUAUCCGUCGAGAUACAGAGGAGGAUCGCGCGAAAGCGUUCUAUGGGCGCAACGACCGCCGUCGGUCUGGUCAAGUGCCACAGCAACAAGGUGGUCAAGGCUUUAUAGACUCCAAGGAGCCAGUGAUCCACGAAAAUGGACAGGGUAUCUAA